AUGGAAAUUUUGCUCUCUUCCGCCGAUGGCAAGUUGACAACAGACGCAGCACCGGCUCAUUUCCGCCAACGAGUUGGACUCAGCGCAGCACGAGCUUACCCCGCCAAGAUGGAACCUUCUGCCAGGCGGCAAAUUAUACUCAAUGCAUUUGACAUGUUCACUCCGAGCCAUCUCUGCUUCGGUCAGUGGCGCAGGGGCGAAGAUGAAGUCGCCGACAAAUUUAGAGAUCUCAGUUACUGGACCAAUCUCGCGCAGACACUUGAGCGGGGAGACAUUCACGCUUUGAUUCUGGCUGAUACUUAUGGUCAACACGAUAUCUACAAUGGAAGCGCUGAACCAACGAUACGGACAAGUUGUCAGUUCCCGAUGGGCGACCCCGUUAUCGCACCAUUCGUCGUCGCAAAGAGGUUCUCGACACUCGACCAUCUUACCAAAGGGCGGUUUGGCUGGAACAUCGUCACUUCUUUUAAGGAAUCUGCUGCCAAGGCCGUCGGGGUCUCAUAUGUCGAACAUGAUGAUAGAUAUGCCGCUGCUGAUGAAUACUUGGAGUUGCUCUACAACGCUGGCAUAGCUUUCGCUGCCAAACACGCAGAGGGUAUCAUGAUAUCGGGGCUUUCACCUCACAUCUUGGCGCCUCGCGUAGCAGCCAUUCGUCAGCAAGCAGCGGAAGCUGGCCGUGACCCUGGUAGUGUCAAGAUUUUCGCCGUCAUUACACCAGUCAUUGCGAGAACAGACGAAGAAGCCACUGCAAAAUACCGCAAAGCCUUGGAAUUUGCGAACUUCGAGGCUGGCCUUGCAUUCUUUUCAGGUAAUGCUGGAAUAGACCUCGCCAAAUACGAUUUAGACGCAGAAAUCAGACCAGAUGAUGCUACCAUUGAUGGGCGGGUACACUCCAUGGUCAGCAGUCUGAAAUACCGUGGCGAUGACAUUCCAGUUUGGACGCCUCGAAAUAUCGGAAAAGUCAUGGCCAUCGGCGGGAACGGGCCUGUGCUAGUUGGAUCGGCAGCUCGUGUUGCAGAUUUCUUUGAGGAGUGGGUGAAGAUUGCAGAUUUAGAUGGGUUCAGCGUUGGACAUGUCACAACCCCUGGGAGUUUCGAAGAUGUGGUAGAUUUGCUAGUGCCUGAGCUUCGCGGAAGAGGGCUAUACGGGUACGACGGACUAUCGGGAGAUGGAGUCACUCUGCGUGAGAGGAUGUAUGGUGUUGGCCAGAAACAUCUCCGCCACGACCACAUUGGAGGUCAAUACAAGUACAAAAGCUGGGCUACUUUUGGAUACUUCGUCAGGCUACUCGACUCAAGCAACAUCACAAAUGCGUAUGUCAGCGGUAUGAAAGAAGACCUCGACUUUCAAGGCAACGAGUACAACCUGUUACAAACUUUCUUUACUUGCGGGUAUCUGGUCGGUCAAAUUCCUUCACAGUUCUUGCUCACUCGCUCAAUGAGAUUCCUGCUAGGAUUCCUUGAAAGUCCCUUUGCCGUCGGCGUUCUGACCAUCAUGGGAAGCUGGUACACGCCUCGAGAACUCUCCAAGCGGAUUUCAAUCUUUUAUUCGGCCAGCUAUGCUGCUAGCAUGUUCAGCGGAUACCUCCAAGCCGCAAUCUAUCGAGGUCUCAAUGGAGCCGGCGGCCUCCCAGGUUGGCGGUGGCUUUUCAUUUUCUGUGGCAUAAUCUCGAUCUGGGCUCCCAUCUGGGGAUUUUUCGCCGUCCCUGAUAACCCUCAUAUCACAAGGGCUCGCUGGAUGCGUCCGGGUGAGCAGGCAAAGCAUAUCGCGAGGAUGGAAGCCAUCGAUCGGCGCAAACCCGAGCCUUUGACAAAUGCCAGGGUCUUGGGUAUUUUCACGAACUGGCCCAUUUACGUCUUCAGCUUCGCAUUGAUUUGCCAUUGCGUUGUCACACAACCCCUUAACUACUUCUCUGUUUGGCUGAAGUCCUUGAACCGCUUUACGGUCUAUCAGAUUAACCUCUUUCCUACCGCAGCGCAAGCCCAUCCCGAUCUCGCUGACAAGACGCAGACCAUCAACCUUAUCGGCAUGAUCAUGGUUGCAGUUGAAUCAAGCUACGCGACGACCUUUGUCGGAUAUGUUAUCAACGCCGCUUCGUGGGGCUUUUGGCCGGCCUGGGCAAUUGAGAUCAUGCACAAGAACAUGGAGGAGCGUGCGAUCGUUAUUGGGGUUGCACAGACCCUAGGCCAAGCUUUCAUUGCAUGGGUUCCAGGUUUGCAACUAUCUUGCCCUCAAUAUCUUGAAAAGACGCUGAUUGUUGCAGUUGUGAUUCUCGAUGUGGGUAAAUAUGCACCGUCCUUCCACAUGGGGUUCUCCGUCAUGUGUGGAGUGAGCGUUUUGGAGCUUUCGAGUAUCUUCAUAAUCAGACACUUUGAGAAGCGAGAAAAGGCGAAGAACGAACAGUCCAUUCUUAGCAACUAA